UCGGGAGCUUGCCGGCCUGCACACAAUGUGACUGGUGACAAUCCCUUGUUCUGCAGAGAGGGAGAGAGAGAGAGGCAGCAGGGGAUGAGCAUACACACACAUGCACGGGCAGAGACGUGAGGAGGGAGCUCACGCACACCUCUCCUGAUUCAGCGGAACAGAUUCAUUCGUCACUUCUCCCUGCAGUGAUCCCCGCCGCAAAAACACAAGACAAUCCCAAACCCAGCAGCACCUGCCCCGUCCGUCUGGCUGGGGCUCUGUGACAACUCUGACUGCGUGCUUGCUGGUGUCCGCUGCAGCUGAGAGAGGACGAGAAAAGAGGGGGGGAGAAAACGGCAGCCUGAAACCCGACCAGAGAGACAACAGGCGCAUGUGAACGAUGGGAAAACUACAAAGCGACGACAUUGAGGAUGGGCCAAUGGAGAAACUGCGGGACAAAUAGAUAACCAAUAAAAGCUCUGUUUCUGCGUCUCUACCUUAGGACCCCCCCUGCAGGGAGAUGUUCAUCAUUAUGGGAUAGAUGCACAGGUCUGCCACGUUGCCAUGGAUACCAGCACGCGAAAAUUCACAGUGCGGAGAUGGUUCUCCAUCUACCUGAAGAACAAGGCGGCAAGGAACAAGAACAACGCUGGAUUCUGUCAACUAGAGGAUGACAGUGUGCUUAAGGAGUUUGACAUCAGCCACCAUGUUAAGGAGGGCUGUGAGAAAGCAGACCCCUCUCAGUUCCAGCUGCUUAAGGUGCUGGGACAAGGCUCCUAUGGAAAGGUGUUUCUGGUUAGGAAGAUUAGAGGAGUGGACAGAGGACAGCUAUAUGCCAUGAAGGUCCUUAAGAAGGCUACUCUGAAAGUUCGAGAUCGUGUUCGAUCUAAAAUGGAAAGAGACAUUCUCGCAGAAGUGAACCACCCAUUUAUAGUUAAACUCCAUUACGCCUUCCAGACAGAAGGGAAGCUCUAUCUGAUUCUGGACUUUCUCCGAGGAGGAGACCUUUUCACUCGACUAUCCAAGGAGGUAAUGUUUACAGAAGAGGAUGUGAAGUUCUACCUUGCCGAGUUGGCUUUGGCCUUAGACCAUCUACACAGUCUGGGCAUCAUCUACAGAGAUCUCAAACCUGAAAAUAUUCUUCUGGAUGAAGAAGGACACAUAAAGAUUACUGACUUUGGACUGAGUAAGGAAGCCAUUGACCAUGAUAAAAGAGCAUAUUCCUUCUGUGGAACGAUAGAAUAUAUGGCUCCAGAGGUCGUUAACAGGAGAGGUCAUACGCAAAGUGCUGACUGGUGGUCGUUUGGGGUACUUAUGUUUGAAAUGUUGACAGGAUCAUUACCAUUCCAAGGGAAGGAUCGGAAGGAAACAAUGGCACUUAUUCUAAAGGCCAAGCUGGGAAUGCCGCAAUUCCUCAGUCCUGAAGUGCAGAGUUUAUUAAGAGCACUCUUCAAGAGGAAUCCUGCAAAUCGACUAGGUGCAGGGCCAGAUGGAGUAGAAGAAAUAAAAAGACAUCGCUUCUUUGCAUCGAUAGACUGGAAUAAGUUGUACAAGAAGGAGGUGAGGCCUCCCUUCAAACCAACUGUUGGAAGACCUGAAGAUACUUUCCAUUUUGACCCGGAGUUCACCUCCAGAACGCCAACUGAUUCUCCAGGCAUCCCUCCCAGCGCAAACACACACCAGUUGUUUCGUGGGUUCAGCUUCGUUGCAACUAAUCAAAGUCAGGAGCCCAGCGUUGCCACGGUAGCGCCUUCUCGUCAGGAAGAGAGCAUCAACCCCAUAGCACAGCAUCUCCGUGGUGACGUGGCCUUCAAGGAUGUUUACGAGCUGAAGGAAGAAGUCGGACAGGCAGGAACUUCUGUCUGCAGAAGAUGUCUGCACAGAGUCACUGCUGUGGAGUAUUCUGUGAAGAUUGUUGACAGAGCAAGGAGAGAUCCAGCAGAAGAGAUUGAGAUUCUGUUAAGAUAUGGACAGCAUCCAAAUAUUAACACCCUGAAAGAUGUGUUUGACGAUGGCCAGUGUGUGUACCUGGUUCAGGAUUUAAUGAGAGGAGACGAGCUGCUGGACAGAGUUCUGAUGCUGCCAAACUUUACUGAAAGAGAUGCAUCAGACAUCAUCUGCACACUGACCAAAACCGUGGAAUAUUUACACUCACAGGGGGUUGUACAUCGAGACCUGAAGCCCAGUAACAUUCGCUACUGCGAUGACAGUGGACUCCCAGAAAGCAUCAGGAUAUGUGAUUUUGGUUUUGCCAAACAGCUCAGGGCUGAAAAUGGCUUGUUGAUGACCCCCUGUUACACAGCUACGUUCAUGGCUCCUGAGGUUCUGAAGAAACAGGGUUAUGAUGCAGCCUGUGACAUCUGGAGCCUGGGGAUCAUUCUCUACACUAUGAUAGCUGGUUUCAGCCCGUUUGCCAGCAGUCAUGAGGACACAGCAGAGGAGAUCCUGGCUCAGAUAGGCAGUGGGAAAUUCAUUAUCACAGGAGGGAACUGGGACCUGGUGUCAGAUGCCGCCAAGGACAUUGUGGUGAAGAUGCUCCACGUGGAUCCUCACCAGCGUCUGACUGCCCCACAGGUUCUUCGCCAUCCCUGGAUUGUAGAGAGAGACCAACUGUCUGACAAAAGUCUCAGCAGACAAGAUGCACUCACAGUUAAGGGGGCUCUGUCUGCCACCUACUCGGCUCUGAGGCGCUGUGCUCCUGCUCCGGUCCUGGAACCAGUCCAGUCGUCCAGUCUGGCCCAACGGAGAGGGAUGAAGAAACUGGGGAGUCCGAAAGUCACUUCAGACCCUAAAGAAAAGGAAUAGCCUCGACAAUGUGGAGGAAAUUCAAAAGAAAUCUUAAGUCUUAAUUAAAGGCCCACAUAAUUAAAGAUCUACUCUUUUUUUUUGAAAAGCACAAACCAUGCCUAAUUAAGUACAACAACAAAGCGGCCCAUUCUCAUUAGCAUCAGGAUUAGCUUCAGUUCACUCAAUUCAAAGUGUAAAUUUUUAAACCUUUUCACAUUUAAACUAAUCUGACACUGCGCUAUAACAUUCAUCAUGUGCACCCUCAUAGAGAACCAAAUCUGAUCAAAACCCAGGGACUUGAGGAAGUCAAGUAUUAGACCCUAAAAUAAACCAUUCUUAAUCGUGAACACAGAGGGUUUGAGUCAGGCAUGCCUUUUUAGAUCCUUUGGGUCUCCACCACUUGUUCUGUGGGCAUUAAAGUCUUAGAGUGAAAGCUGGCCUUUAUUUUCAGUAAAAACAAUCUUUUAUCUAUAUUUAUUUUCCAUUCAAAUUUUGACCAAUUGAAACGUUUCAUUCAUUUCAUUUUGGUCAUACAUAUGGGAUAUUGCAAUAUUUACUGUGCAAUAGACAAAAAAACCUGUUACCUGCCUUGGUCCUUGUUUCAUAGUAACUCCUGCAGCACAAAGUGGGACAAAUUAGACCAGAAUCAUCAAAAAACAUUAUUCAGUGCCACAAAACAACAUGCAGAGUAGCCACUUUGUUUUUUAGUUUCUGUUUUUAGCACAUACACGGGUGUCAACAGAAGUUCACAAACAGCCAAACAUGAAUACCAUCUUUCACAGCCAUGACUCUGACAUACACAGUAUCUAACAUGUAUCUGAAUGAGGCAGGGUCAAUCAGAUUGAAAUAUGUUUCCUCCUCUGAUUUCUGCAGAGUUAUGCAUGCUAAAAUGUAAAUAUCCAACCAAAGGGAAUUCUUUCAUUCGAUUAAUAAUGCCGCUAAGUCUUAUUGUCCAUAAUAUGCUUAAUAAUUUUAUUGUAUGUAUUGUUGUCUUCCAUGAAUACAGCCUUUGAUGCUUUAAAAAACAAAAAAUGUAUUGUUAACUAUAUCACUGCUGCACUUUCCGGAUCAGAUGGAGCAGUGAGCUGUGAACGUAGCUUGUGUUUUAUCAUAACAUAUUCAAAACGUUAUUCGGGUUUAGAGUAGUCAUAACACUGGAGAGCGUCCAAUGAUUCUCUCGUAAAUGUCACCGCAAAACUCUGAAGACUAUACAUUGUAGUAUGAACUCAGCAUUCGGUGUGAUAAUCCGUCAGUCUGUGUGUGCUCGAGUGUGGCUGCCAGUGGGCUUCUGUUUGCCAUUAGUGUCUGAAAGCCAAAAAGUAUGAGAACCACUGUGUCGGAAGUUUGUAUAUACUGUCUAUUGCUGCUGCCCUGAUUGUAUCUAAUAAUAUGUACAAUCGCAAAUACGAGGUAAGACUGAACAGGGUGUUUGGCAGGUGUGAGUAGCAUUUUGUGUUGUACAAUCACGGGUUACCAGUAGGAAUGUAUUGCAGAUUAUGAUGCUCCACGAUUUAUAUACAUACUUACUGGUGAGAGGUAAAAACAAAACAUACUGAGAGGUGUAACCGAUGAGCACUGUAGCAGAGAUACAGCGAGCAUAUUGUGUUCUUUGCAACAUAAACCGAAUGUGUUGUGCCGCACUGCACAACCGUGUGAGGUGUAGCUGAUGCAACUGUGAGUAUGCAGAUAAGGUGGUAGAAACUGUGUUGUACAACCAGAAGAUUGAGGUAAUCCUGUACAUACCGUUUACUAAUUGAAACUGUACAUACUGUCGUGCAAUAACCACCAGUGAAGAGGUUAGGUUGUGUGUGCGUGUGUGUGUAUAUAGUUCGGUGCAACAAUCGGCAAGCAGGACAACUGUAUAUAUUGUGCUAUCAAACAUGUUGAGACUGUACAUAGUAUAUUGUGUUGUGCAUCCAUUGCUCAGAGUGUACAUACUGUCUAUACCUGGCCAGUCAUUGAAAUAAUUGGCUGGAAUGCCAAAGUUUUACAAAUAAAGGAAAAAAAACAGAAAUGGCAAUUAAA